AUGCUGCAUCCAAAUAUAUCAAUCGAUUUUCAAACCACUUAAGCAAACGAUUUAAAUGAAGCCAAAAUAUACCCUUAAGAUGAUUUUGAACUCCCUCAUCAAGCAAUAAACAAACAUGAUAAGAGUUUUGACACGACACCAAAUAAUAUUUUACUUUUUGACAAAGCAACUUAUUCAAAUAUUAUCCUUUCUAUUGAGGGAUUUUUCGGUUUCCUCACUAUAGCUCUAAAUCUUCAUACUUUCUGCAUGAACGACACAAUUAUUGCUGAUCAUUUAAUGACUACUUACAACUACCAACCAUGGUCAAUAGCUCUUAUUUAGGCGAUAUAAUCAGUUGGAUUUCUUCUGACUACUCAUAUAGCUCCAGUAGUUAUAAAGAGAUUCAAUUUGUUUGCAAUAGUAAUAGUUUCAUAACUGAUUUAGUCAGUAGGAUCCUUCUUAGUUGGACCUAGUUUAUUUUUCAACAUUCAAGAGAAAAUUUAUAUUACAUGCAUUGGGUUGUUUAUAUCAGGACUCGCAUCUCCUUUUAAUAUGGUUACUAGCUUCUCAAUUAUGGUUCAAGCUGCUCAUAAACAUAGGACCAAGAGAUUUGAUCCUGAUUAAGUUAAAAAUUUAGUUAGUGCUUUAUUUAACUCAUCUUAUGCAAUUGGUGGUAUGACUGGCCCUAUAUUUGGAGGUUUUGUCAGUGAAGCAACAUCUUUUAGAACCGCAAGUGAUUUUCAAGCUAUUGUUCUAAUAUCUGUUGCCUUAUGCCAGUUUUUCAUUGUGUACAUUCCAAGAAAUUUUAGAUUUUUCAAGAAAGAAAUAAAAGUAGAACCAGUAAAUACUAGCUAAACAUUUUAGAGAGAUGCAACAAUCAUUCAUAUAGAAUCCUAUCUAGAGUGA